AUGAAGCAAGCUACUACGAUUUAUAGAAGCAUUAUUCGAGAAAUGCGCCAAAUGAAUGGCAUCUAUAGGUCUUCAAAAGGGGUUACUCCUGCUCAAAAAACGGCGAUUGAAUCCGUAAAAGCAUGGUUUCGUAACGGCUCUUCAAAUGACCUGAACAAGUCCAAAGAGCUGCUUUCCUUAAUUAGUUCUGGGAAUAAGCACGAAUUAUUAUUUCAGCAAUAUCAUCCAAUGGUUGGUAUGAGUGAGUUAGAUAAAGCCAAAUUAGCUGCCAACAGAGUGGGUCUUCAGUUCUAA